AAGGGCAGUGAUAUGGGAGUAUCCACGCCAGCUGCUCGUCCUUGCGUGGAUCUCAGGGUGCCUUUGCUCCGCAUAAUAAAGAGGCCAGUAGGCUGUACGUUAUUUAAAGUGACAGUGCAAAUUACUUGAACAGCUUCCAUUGGGACAGAAAGUUCCACAUUCCAACACUCCUGCAUAUAUAGGCCGUCUCGAGAUGGAAUCAAGACGAUCCUAGGAUAGCAAGCAUAUCCAAUCAAGGACCAUAUCUUUGUAAAACUGACAGAUAGCGAGGGAAUGUGAUGAUCUAGAAUUUGCAGUCUUUCUUUUGGUGCAAAAAUUGAAACUCAUAAAAUACUGAGCGCACUGUGUGGCACAGGCAGAUGUUGACCUGAUUAUUCUGCUCAUCUCGAGCGGUUAGCUCUACUUGAGCGUCACACCUGAUGUUCUCGGUCGUAAGAUUGCUUGAAUUGAAUGUGCUUCAAUCAUGUUUGGGCCCAUGCCGCCAGGCUUUAUCCGAGUCGGUCCUUUGUACAUAGCCCUGCGCGUUUGCACCGUAACCCUUCAAACACCUUAUGCGAUGAAUCAUCGAGCUCUCGAAACUGAUCCGUGCUACACAGGUCAUCUGCAAAUCACCGGAGCCCUCAAGAAUCCGCUGUCUGCUGCCAGGUGCGACGUCAAAUCACAAUAGAAAAUGUCGCUAGCACGACACGUGCUACAGUUCUUUAGGAAUUUACAGCUUUACAUGGAGAUACAAGAACGUGAGAGUAUUCGGAUUUGGUUGUUAUGUGACGGAGUUAUCAGGGGUUAAAUAUAAGCAAUUGUUUUGUCAUUUCGAAUUGCGGCAUCGUCCGAGGGCUAAGUGCAGUCGGGAGGACUGAGGCCAGCCCGGGUCCGGAUUGACUAGGCGGAAAUGAUGAUAAAUGCCCGCAAGUUCCUGCUUCCAUCAUUCUCGUGCCGAAGAUCGUCAUCUUGUGAAGAAGAGCGCGAAAAGUGUCAAGCGGAACGUCACCAGAGAAAGUAAAAGGUGCCAAACGGGAGGAAACGCGAUUAUACUUGGAUGCCAGUUGAUGGAGGCCAGAUAUGGGUGUUGGUGUCGGAGGGAAAAAAGUACGGAUUUAAAUUCCACAAAACGUCACUCAAAGGCAAUGAGACAUGGGACUUCAUGUGCUCUGGAAGGCUCUUACACAUACACCUCACCACAACAGAGCAGAGCUGGUGAUAGAAUUAUUCACUAUUGCGCCUGGCCUGUGGCGAUAUUUUACCUCCGAAAGGACAACUAGACAUGCGCACCCAACAGCAUGCGCCUGCUGCACAAGAACAUUAGCAGAGCAGGUGAGAAAUUCUAAUUCCCGCGGUUGCACAUCACCCUGAUGUAGCAUAGCAAUUUCCCAUCCGAACGACCCCGUCUCCCAGCUCUCGACCUUCUUUCCCUGCAGUACCUGAGGGCCAGCAGCAGGUACACACUCGGUUGUAGGCUAUGGCGCUAGCCUGUGCUAUGCUACGAGAAGUCGAGCACUUAGGGACCUUGUGCAAAAUUCCAGCCCAGCGUCACGACUUACGAGAAGUCGCAAUUCCAGUCGUCAGUCGGUCAGUCCAGUUCCGUCCUGUCCAGUGGUCUGGACUCUGGACUCAGAGGUCCGGGCGUGCCACGCCGCGCCGUGCCCUGCCGUGCGGGUGGAAUGGAAGGAAGGAAGUUCGGAGAAUGAACGAACGAGUUGACGGCCGUUCACGGACUGGUCGGUGAUGAAUCGUGUUCUCCCGACGGCGAAUUCCUAGCGGCGCGCUCGGAAUUACUUCUUGAUGUGAACAUGGAUUCAGGUUUCCGACGUGAACCUCGAAGAGGUUGCCGGGCACGGAAAUGCCCGCGUGAUUAGAAUCGACCGCGGGAAAGAGUUCACGAGUCGCCGGCAGCAUGAGAGAUUCGGAGGCCGGUCAAGGAUAAGUCCCCUCGCUGCUCAUGCAACUAAUCAUCACACUAAUGACGCCUGCUAAUGAGGCCUAAUCAUCACCGCUAGAAUCCGGGGCACAUGUUCAGAGAAGCAGACACGGAGACAGGCAGGCAAGCAGGAGUUGAUGGAUGGAUGGAUGGGUGCUUGCUGGAGCCAUGCUAUGCCAUGGCCUACGAGAUGGAUGGAUCAGAUCGGCCCCCCCGCUUGAGUACAAGUCAAAGCGGCUACGUGGACAGCCCACGUUGUGUCUCCCACGCCACGCUGGGCAAAUGAGAAAAUCUAGCGCUGUAGCGCCUCACCACGUGUGGAGCGGGAAGGGUUUCCGGUCACCUGUCUAUUCCAUUUCUCCGUGGGCUGCGGCGGGCGAUCUCAUCCGGUGGUCCAGUUUCGCCACCCGUGGGAGGCGAGGGUAGCGAAACUGGACCUGGUUGACCUUUCUUGGACCUGAAGUAAGCAUUUGGCAGUGAGGAAGAAAGAGGAUACCAUCUCUCUCUCUCUUCCUUGAUUUCCACUUCGAAUUUAAUUAUCUAAUUUCUCCAGUGUAAUAAAUCCAGGCCCGCAGAUCUUGGUUUC